AUUAGAGACUUCUGCUAUUAUAAUGGAUUUUUUUUUAGUCCAAAAUGAUUCCAAAUAUCUUUUCAGUUAAUAUCAACGAAAAAACAACAAAAUGUCAGCUUGCAAAUUUUUGACACUGUCAAGAAAAAAAAGUGAAAAAGAGCAAAUACAAUAUAUCAAUAAAAAUGCUAAAUACCAUUUAGUAACGGAUGAAUCUCUUACUUCAGCUACGGUAAUGGAUAAUAUUGUACGUGCAGUGACCGAAUUUUCUCCCAAGGUAAAAAGUAACAACGUCAAAGAUAUGAUAAUACCUGAACAUUUACGGGCCACUGACUGCAUGUAUAGCAAAAAUGAUCAACUACUGCUUGAAAAGAGCAAGCUUAAUUACGUUCAAUUUUAUUUUGAACAAGUAGUUUCAUCUUCUUGUCCAAAAUUUGCGCGAUAGUAAAUAAUAAAUAAUAACAAGUUACAAAUGUUAAAGUAGAUUCCAACAACCGUACAUACCUCGAAUGGGUACCUGAACAACAAGCAGUGGACGGCGAUUUUUUCCACAAAAUUUUCUUCGGUGACAUUGCACAUUUCUCGCUCAAAACAGACCAAACAUUGUUUUCAUUUUACACAAGCUGAAAGGCAUGCUUCCCGUAAAAAUUAAUGAUGCCUUAGAAAGCCCUCAUAUUGGCAGAAAGUUUCGUGUUGGGCAAAAAAGUUACACCACUGAAUCCUAUGAAAUAUUUGCUGGUGUUCCACAAGGAAGUGUUUUAG